CAAAUUCUUCAUAAGGCAAAUAUUAAAACAUGGAACCUAAGCUCAGACAAAUAAACAGAAAUGAGUAAGGCCAGAUCUAAUGUGCACAAGGUUUUCUAUCCUACAGCAAAUCUGAGAUAUAUGGAUAUACUGAAUGCUGUAAAUUUUAAAAAAAAAAAUUGUUUUUGGUCCAUUCUGUUGCGUGUGCACCUCUUGCAAUAAAUUUGAGUCAGCACCAAUGACAGCUCUGCAGUCCUCCUAUGUGGAACUGAUCAGGUGGUUGCAGAGCUUCAGCUCACAGCAACACAAUGCAGCUGAGCAGGCGAGCACAGCCCACAGCCAGAAGCGGUUCCUACUUUCCAGAACCAGGCGACCUUUAAGCUUAAGUUUCCGGGAGAAAAUGAGAUGCUGAUGUUGAAGACGACGCUAUGGCUUUGAUGGAAUAUCAGAUAUUGAAAAUGUCUCCCAGCCUGUUCAUCCUUCUGCUUCUCACACCUGGUAUUUUAUGCAUUUGUCCUCUCCAAUGUAUAUGCACUGAGAGGCACAGGCAUGUGGACUGUUCAGGCAGAAACUUGACUACAUUACCAUCUGGACUGCAAGAGAACAUUAUCCAUUUAAAUCUGUCUUAUAACCACUUUACUGAUCUGCAUAACCAGCUAACCCAGUACACCAAUCUGAGGACCCUGGACAUUUCAAACAACAGGCUUGAAAGCUUGCCUGCUCAGUUGCCUCGGUCCCUCUGGAACAUGUCUGCUGCUAACAACAACAUUAAACUGCUUGAAAAAUCUGAUACUGCUUAUCAGUGGAACCUUAAAUAUCUGGAUGUGUCUAAGAAUAUGCUGGAAAAGGUUGUCCUCAUUAAAAACACACUAAGAAGCCUUGAGGUUCUCAACCUCAGUAGUAACAAACUCUGGACAGUUCCAACCAACAUGCCCUCCAAACUACAUAUCGUGGACCUGUCUCACAAUUCCUUGACACAAAUCCUUCCAGGAACAUUAAUAAACCUGACAAAUCUCACACAUCUUUACCUGCACAACAAUAAGUUCACAUUCAUUCCUGAUCAAGCUUUUAAUCAACUCCUUCAGUUGCAAGAGAUAACCCUUUACAAUAACAGGUGGUCAUGUGACCACCAACAAAACAUUACUUACUUACUUAAAUGGAUGAUGGAAACAAAAGCCCACGUGAUAGGGACCCCCUGUUCUAGCCAAAUAUCAUCUCUGAAGGAACACAGCAUAUAUCCCACACCUCCCGGAUUUACCUCGAGCUUAUUCACUUUAAGUGGGAUACAGACAGUGGACACCAUUAACUCUCUGAGUAUGGUAACUCAAUCCAAAGUGACCAAAAUACCCAAACAAUAUCGAACAAAGGAAACGUUUGGUGCCACUCUAAGCAAAGACACCACCUUUACUAGCACUGACAAGGCUUUUGUGCCCUAUCCAGAAGAUACAUCCACUGAAAUGAUCAAUUCACAUGAAGCAGCAGCUGCAACUCUAACUAUUCACCUCCAAGAUGGAAUGGUUACAAACACAAGCCUCACUAGCUCAACAAAAUCAUCCCCAACACCCAUGACCCUAGGUAUUACUAGUGGCAUGCCAAAUAAUUUCUCUGAAAUGCCUCAACAAAGCACAACCCUUACCUUACGGAGGGAAGAGACAACCACAAUGUAAAGACUCGCUCACCUUCUUCCGUGGCAAAUGCUUGGAAAGUAAAUGCUUUAUUUCUCUUAAUGCUCAAUGCUGUGGUCAUGCUGGCUGUCUGAGGGUCUGCAUUUUCCAAAAUGAAUGAAAGAACUCCUUCCUGAUGUACAGUUGGGAAAACAUGCCCAGUGACAUAACCAUAACCAGUGACUCAAGCUAUAUUAACUAAUCAAGAAAGCCAGUCUUAUAUUUCUGACUCUGAUGUAAAUGAAGUAUUUGUCUUAAAUAAAAGUGCACAAUGUCUCAGUACUUGCUGCUAUUUUACUGUCUUAAUGAAGUAAAACUAAUGAAUUUCUUUUUUUUAAAUAAAAUGCUUUCUUUUUAAGGCUUCAAUUUAUUGCACAAAAUAUAAAGCAUCUAAACUUUAAUAUGUAUUUUAUGUAUGUUUACACUGUCAAACAAUUGGGAAAAAAAUAAAAGGUCUAUGCUCA